GACAGUGAUCUGAAGCAGUACUGGAUGCCGGACAGUCAAUGUAAAGAGUGUUACGACUGUAGCGAGAAAUUCACCACUUUCCGGCGGAGGCACCACUGCCGGUUGUGCGGACAGAUCUUCUGCAGUCGAUGCUGCAACCAGGAAAUCCCUGGGAAAUUCAUGGGUUACACAGGUGAUCUCAGAGCUUGCACGUACUGUCGUAAAAUAGCCUUAAGUUAUGCUCACUCCACAGACAGUAACUCCAUCGGGGAAGACCUGAGCGCACUGUCUGAUUCUUCUAGUUGCGUGUCGGUGCUAGAUCCCGGGGAGCCGCGGACUCCAGUUACUAGCAGGAAAGCGAGCCGCAACAUCUUCCUAGAAGAAGACCUCACCUGGCAAAG